AUGAACCGCGAUUCAGCAAUGCCAGCUAAUUUGCUUCGUAGGAAGAAGGAUACAAAACGUGGUAUCACCUAUACAAUGCUCCUCUGUGGUCGCGACGGUGUAGGUAAAACUACUUUUGCUAAUAACCUUUUGGAAUCAAAUAUCUUCUCUCAUAAAUACAAUGUGGUUAACCAAAUUACUGCAGAAAAUGAAUCCAAGGUAAAGGUCAUAUCUCCAACAAAAGUUGUCUCUUAUAAUUCGAAAAAUGGUAUCCCAACUUUUAUGUCGGAAUUGGAUCCUUCAAGGGCUCAAUUCGAACCUGGUAUCACUAUUACGUCUACUUCUGUAGAAAUAGGUGAUCUUGCCGAUGAAACUGCAAAUGAAGAUGAUAUUAUUCUUUUCAACUUAGUUAAUACUUAUGGGAUUGGUGAAAAUUUGGAUGAUUCUUUGUGUUUUGAUGAAUUGACCACCUAUUUAGAACAACAAUUUGAUUUAGUCUUAGCUGAAGAAACUAGAAUUAAAAGAAAUCCAAGAUUUGAAGACACGAGAGUUCAUAUCAUAUUAUACUUUAUAGAACCGACUGGUCACGGGUUAAGAGAAUUAGAUGUAGAGUUAAUGAAACGUUUAUCUCGUUAUUCAAAUGUUUUGCCUAUCAUCUCCAAGGCAGAUUCUUUCGGAAAGGAAGAAUUAGCGCAAUUCAAGAAAACCAUAAUGAAAGAUGUAGAACUUUAUAAUGUUCCAAUUUAUAAAUUCGAAGUUGAUCCUGAGGAUGAUGAUUUAGAGACCAUAGAGGAAAACCAAACUCUGGCUUCUUUACAACCUUUCUCAAUUAUCUGCUCAGAUGUUAAAGAUAAAAACGGAAGUUAUGUAAGAUCAUACCCUUGGGGUGAUAUAAAUAUCACUACAGAUAACAUUUCCGAUUUAAAAGUCUUAAAAAAUGUCUUGUUUGGCUCCCACUUACAAGAAUUUAAAGACACAACUCAAAAUUUAUUAUACGAAAAUUAUCGUGCUGAAAAAUUAUCUACUGUUACAAGCCCUCAUAUAGGUGCUAGUGGCAAGGACAAUACUGCCAAUAGAGCUUCUGCUGCUCCAAGUUUGAGUAAUUUUGCAUCUCUAGUGAAUACUGGCCAAUUUAAAUCCUCCCAAACUUUAGCCAUGAAUUUAGAAGGUGCAAGAACUCCUGAAUUAAAAGAGCCAUACGACAAUGACCAAGCAUCACCAAUAAAGAAAAUGUCACAAGCCCUAAAGGAAGAAAAUGAAGAGAUUAUUAAGAACAUUAAAAUGGAAUCUCCAUUAAUAAACGACCACAACAUUCCUGAGAAAACAAAAUUAAGGAAUAUUUCAGAAACAGUUCCUUAUGUACUAAGACAUGAACGUAUCAUUGCAAGACAACAGAAGUUGGAAGAGCUAGAAGCACAAUCGGCAAAAGAAUUACAAAAGCGUAUUCAAGAUUUGGAAAAGAAAGCUCACAAUCUAAAAUUAAGAGAGAAAUUGUUACGUCAACAAAAAGAUCAUAGUUCAUCAUCAUCUUCGUUAACAACAGCCUCUUCUGGAACCCAAUUAAAGAAAGAAGAUACUUUAACGGAUUUGGCAUCUAUUGCUUCUGGUAGAAAUUAA